AUGAUGAACCACGCUCGAGUCAAGGCCCUCAAGGGCAAUGGAAAGACCGUCUCCAAAAAGGCCAUCAAAUCCGGUCGUGCGUCAGGAAGCCAAACGCCGCGAAGCUCUCCUCUUCCAUCGCUGUUAACGUCGCCCACCCAUUCCGCGGCGCACAGCCGCGUCACUUCCGAUGUCAGCGAUGAUGACGGCGAUUUUGAAUUAGACGACAUGGCAUCGAGUGUCUACUCCGGGGAGUCUAUCGACGAAAAUGAAGACGAGCCGCAUGCUCCAGUUUUCGAUACAAGAGCUCUUAUUGACGGCCUCCGAGAUCGAAAACGCAAUAACAGCGAGAUGCGAGAUUAUUUCCUGAGUGCCUACAUCAAGGCAGUUCGCAACAAUUAUACCGCCGAAACUCAUCUUUGGCUAGACGAUGCCGCAAAUGAGCUAGCAGAACUUUUCCUUCACGACUCAAAUCGUGCGGCCACAGCCAAGGAACGCCUCUUAAGUCUGCAUGCUUUUGCUCUCACGGUCGGGACGGUCGGAACGCUAGAGAUCUUCGAUGGAGCUCAGAGGAUACUCAAGCAAGUAAUGAUGGAUGACGACGAUGAUGACUGCCGCAUCUUUGCAAUUUACGCGCUCUGCAUGACAGUCUUAUACGGCGGUGGUCUAGAAGAGGCCGCCCUAGAGGUGAUGGAGUUUUUUGUUGAGAUUGUGCGAACCGAUGGAGAGUCAAUCGAGGCUCAUGACAAUGUUGAGGUUGUUGCAGCCGCUCUUCAAGGCUGGUGCUUCGUUGCCGGCCAUGUGGCUGACUUGUCCGAUUAUGCCGAUGCCGCCAUGGAUGCGUUUGUGGAUCAACUGGACAGUGAUGACGUUGAUAUUCUGUCCAAUGCUGGUGGUUGCAUUGCCCUCGUCUUCGAGGCAUCACGGCACCACAUUGAAGAGACUGGCGAGCCGUUUCAGCUCCAGUACGACCCGCAAAGGCUGGCCGGUCGUCUGAGCGAACUGGCUAAACUGAGUGCUAAAUCAGUAUCGAGAAAGCACCGCCGGAGCUUACGAGAGAACCUGCUUAGUGUGGUAACCUCUCUCGAGAGGGGCGUUGGCCCUUUCUACUCUACUGCUAUAUACGUUCCCGAAAAGGGCGAACAUGUACCCGUCGCGCAACGCACCGAUGAUGGCCAGGCAGAGUACGGUUAUCGGUGCAAGCUGAGGCUUGGCAAUCACGUUGCCAAGAUCGACACUUGGUCUCUCUAUUUCAGAACAAACCUCAUGAGAGUCAUUUUCAAGGCUGGGCUCCAGCAUCACGUCUUUAUCAACCCGGUUGUCACCGAAUGCUUGGAGGACGCACAUUUUAUACAAGACUACUCGCCCCCUCCAAGAGGUACAAAGGGUAGAAAGAAGUAG